AAUUUGAAAAAGGUUAAGUAAAUUCCUACUUCGGCAAUUCGUCGGAUGGUUUUGGCUUUUGGGGGGGACUGGCGCUUGCUGCAAUCUUCCCCGAGAAGGAAAUCAGGAGCCACCGAGCAAGGAUGCGACGUUCCCGUCGACCUGCCGCUGCCGUCGUCUCGAUCUCUUCUUCAUCUUCCGAUCAAGAGGGGCGGGGAUCCGAUUCGGACGAUUUCGAAGAGGAAGAGGAAGAUGUGGAGGAGGAGGAGGAAGAAGAUGACUCUGAUGAUGAAGACUACAUCGAUAGCGAUUGCGACGACCAGGAUGAGGAUGAAACAGCGUCUUCUAGGGAGGAAGAGGAUGAGGAGAAUGCAGUCGAUGAAAAACCAAACGAUGACGAGCGAUGCAGGAAAGUCGUCCAGCUCUUAACAAGUAAAGAAUCUUUAGAUGCCCUUAAGGUGGAAGAAUGCAAAUCCUAUUUAAGAAAGUAUGGGCUUCGAAUAAGUGGGAACAAAACUACAUGUAUCAAUAGAAUUUUGGAGCACUGGAGGCUAAAAGAUGGAAAUAGUGAGAUCUUGUAUCCACAAUCUUCAUUUGUUAUAAACUGCACAGGGGAUGUAUGUAAAGGUGAUGUCGUCCUUUUUAGGCAGAGGGUUUAUGAUAAGUUUGACAAAGUUAGGAGGAGAGCAAAUGAAAUCGGGAAGCGGACAAUUGCAGGAAGAGUUGUGAAGGAAAGUUAUGGUGCAGCCAAACAGCAACACACAUUUACUAUUGAAGUACUAUGGUCCAGGGGCAAAAAUGCACUUCCUCCCAUGUUUGCUUUACUUGUCAAGGGACGCAAUCUUUACAGACUAAAGACUUUCCGCCAGCCUUGGAGUAAUGAACUGCAGAGAUCCAAGGUUCUUGCAGAAAAACAUCAAAGGGGGGCGGUGGCAAGGUACAUUAGAAAAAGUUCGAAGGCUAUGUCUAUGAAAGAUUCCAGAUGCCGCCAGGGAAGCUCCUCCAAUGCUAGACUAAAUUACAAGAAAAGAGGGCAAGAAGAGCCUAAAGAUAUUUCUAGGCGAAAGAAACAGAAAGUUGCUUCUGGCCUUGCUGCAUUAGAUGCAAAUGCAAACAAUCAGGCUACCUGGACCAGAAAUGCCAGUUUGCAAAAGAUUCAUUAUGCCAAUACUUCAACUCAAGCUAAUACAGACACUGUGGCAAGAAAUUUCGAUCCAUCUUAUGAUGUUCAGAAGCAAGCCAUUAAUCAUGGAGUGUUUAAAGCAGGCAACCAUAUUCCUGAAAGAAAGAAACAGAAAGUCGCUUCUGCUUUUGCUGCAUUAGAUGCAGAUGCAAAUAAUCAGUUUCCCUGGACAAGAAAUAUCAUUUCGCAGCAGGUCCCAAACAACCUGACAAGAAAUUUCCAUCCAUCUUAUGAUGUUCCAAGGCAAGCAAUGAAUCAUGGAUGCAGAAUUUAUCGACAAGGUCCUGUCUCUCCUAGGAACCCCUUCUACAUUUAUAAUACACAUUCGGAGAUACGGCAUCCUAACAUGGCACCACCUCAAACAAAUCAGUGGAAUGCUUAUAUUCCUUCAUAUAAUCAAGACUGUUCUUUUGGCAUGGCUGGUGAACCACGCCAUGUAUCAAACACGAGGCAUCAUUUUCACCUUCCCUAUGCAAGUGUGACUUCUUCAGUAGAACCAUGGAGCCAGCAGUGGCGACAGCCAGAUUAUGGACGUGGCCCUCAUUUUCCGAGGUCUAGAGGGCGUUGAGGUUACUGGUGGCAGUUUGAGUGGUGUACCAAGUUGAUCAAUGGAUUGACAGUUCCAUUCUGUUUAUUCAAAUAUUGCAUGAAGAUGCCUAGACAACGAUUUUUUUUACCCAGGCUGUCAAUUCAUGAUGAUUACUGGUCGAGCUUAUCAUAUUCUGUAUGAUCAUCUCUGAAGAAAAGAGUUAAUAGAACAUAAGGCAGGGACAUGUAAGCAUUUUUACCUAUCAGUUUGAGUGGAUUUGAAUUUA